UCAACUACGUCUUUUUUCUACGUAAAAUAUAUCAAACACAUGUUCAUAAUACAGAGCUGGUUAUAUCGUUUUGAGGCCGAGAUUAUUGCUAAGCAACUUAAGAAUUAACUAUUGUAUUGAAAUUGGAGAAAUAUAAUUAUGUCAAUUUAAAAUCAUCAGUAAACAAAAUGAAUAGUUCGAGUACUGUGUCCGAUUGGAACAGAGAUUUAGCCACACAACUGAUUCCUAAUUCUAUUUUUCUAGUGUUGUAUUUAUCUCUUGGUAUUAUUGGAAAUAGCUUGGUAAUUGCAGUUUACAGAUUCAGAAUGAAACAUCAAUCCGAGGACAGGUUCUUUAUUCCAGUAUUGGCGGUAUGUGACGUAACAGCUUGUACAGUGUGUGCGUCUAUGGCAAUUGCUUUAAACAUGAUGCAGGCAAAGUUCACAGGCAACAUUUUAUGCAAAUUUCUUUGGUUUUUUGCAGCGUCUACCACAUUUAUGUCAAUUUUGUUGCUGACUAUUAUAGCGAUAAAUAGAUACCUCAAAGUUUGUCGUCCUUUUGGAAAACAGAUGUCAACUUUUACCAAGAGGGCAGCACUGUUGUUUGCGUUUUGUUUUUCUUUCCUAUUAGGUGCACCUAGUGCAUUUCUCUAUGGAUCUGUAGAGUUUUCUAGUCCUGAUAUGAAUCUUACAGGACGCCGAUGUAGCAAGCUCAAAGAUGUCAGUAAGAUUGCAUCGCUCGCUUAUAGUGUACUAAUUGCAGUAGUUUUGUUGAGCGCUGUCAGUAUUCUUAUUGUACUAUAUGGAAAAAUUGGAUGCAAAAUUUUUACACACUUUAAACAUAGAAACAUAGAAAUAAAAGCCAUGAUUCAAACGACAAGCACAAGCGACUCUCGAUCACAAGACGUUGCAGCGACUCCAUCAACAGAUCAAGAUACUAUUAAACUAGACACGUCGUCUGAUCCACACCAACAUGCCGUUAUUGAAAGUCAUGACUUGCCAGCUGAAGACUGUAACAUUGAAAGUCAUGACUUUACAGCUGAAGACUGUAACAUUGGCACAGACUCAAAAUUACUAAACAGGGGCACAGAUUCAAGAAAUGAGAAUAAGAAAACACCAAAGCUUUUCACCUCUGAGGAACUAAAUCGAAACUCAGCUUUGUGCACGCCGUCUAUGUACAAAUUCACACUAAUGUUUAUGAUAAUAACUGUAAUAUUUCUUAUUUGCUAUAUUCCCAAAAUAUUUUUGAUAGCUAUGGAAGGUAGAGAUUCUCAGUUUUGGGAAAACCUCUCCAGUAGUGAGAGAGCUGGUUUACUCUUUCUGUAUCGAUUGUAUAUUCUAAAUAAUGUCGUUAAUCCAUUUAUUUAUGCUUUCAUGGAUAUGAAGUUUCAGAACGAGGCAAAGAAAUUACUUAAAUGUAUAUUAUAGAAAUCUCACAUCAUAAUUUAAAUGAUGUAAUACGAUUUUUAAUAUCAAGAUGCAAUUCGUAAGUCUUGAUGAAUUUAUCUGUGACAAUCUUAUAUAAAAGUACCAAAGAUGAUGAUGAAUAAAGGA